AUGUCCGCCCCUCUCCAGCAGUCCACCGCUCAAAACACCGUCCCCGCCCAGACCGCCCAGCCUAGCUUUCUGCAGAAGAAGGGUCUCCUCGGUGCCGCCGCCCGUGGUGGUGUCAAGCCUUCCAACACUGUCUCUCCUUCUGACGUCCUCUCCCCCAUCUCUGCCAAGCUCAACAACUCUAAGCAAAGGCAUUUCCAAAAGGGUCGACCCGUGCACCUUGCCAGCCAGCUGAGCCAACUCGCCAGCCAGGCCAGCCCUGCGUCCAAAGAAAACAAGCCCAAGAUUGACGAAAACUUUUAA